AUGGCCAGUGAGUCCGCUGACUGGACACAUGUGACGCGGCAAAAACGUUCACCUGCGAAGAAUGAGCCCCAAGACGAGUCUUUUUAUUCUUGCUCCAACUUGCCACCGAGUCACCCCGGCCGAUACGUGAGGGCAUCCGAUGUCAGAGCUCAGGUCGCCCAAAUCCCGGAGUACAACCAUCAAAUCGAGGGCAAUUCCAAAGAUUUCAAGAAUCUAUACCCGAAGAAUUUUGCAAAUUUCGAACAAUUCUCCGCCUUGGAGUCUUGCCAUCCGAGAAUAGAGUAUCCCUUGAAGUUGAAAGGAGUUCAAAUGUGGCAGGCCAGUGACGGGACGGGAACGGCGGGCGUUCACCGCGUGAUUUGCGACAGAGACAGAGGAUAUAGGAUGGGCGUCGAUGUAGUCUACCAUGACACAACCAAGUCAUCCAAUCCGGCAAACAACUUUACCCAAGCGAAUUAUCACAGGCCCGAGGCGGGGGAAAAGGGAAAGCAAGAGAGGCACAAGAACCAUCGACGAGGAGAAGGCUCUGGAUCGUCCAGGUCUUCCUAUUACUAG